UACAGAUGAACCUUAAGGUACAAGUGUUCUGAAGCUAUCUUCAGUAAUGAAGCAGGUGUGAAAGACAUCUCCCAUUUGCCAAGUGAAACAAUGAAUACAAAAUCAACAGUUCGCGUAUUUGUGUGCUUUAUUCAGCUAUGUGUUGUAAAGGGGCAGGUAAUAUGUGAGAGGCAAACGAUCGCAGAAUGGCGAGUGGAACCAAAACCUAGUAUAAUAAAAUGGACACCAAGAGAAAAUGUCUGCUCAGACUUUUAUACCGAAUGCUGGAAUAUGAAUAAAAGUAUUUCUGGGGAAAUCUCAGAAGAACAAAACCUCAAUAUCCCUCAGAUAUGCCCUUUACAGCUUCAGUUAGGUGAUAGUCUCUUCAUUUCCUCCGAGCCAUCUUUUAAGUCCUUUGGAAUGAAUUUAGUAAAUGUCUCCAAGGAAGAAUUUAUUAACUGCCCUAAAGCUGGUUUCCUUCAAGAACAGUUGAUUUUUGUAUGUCAGAUAAAAGGAAUGCACCAAGUUGACCCUAACUGGCUUGAUGUUGGAACCCAUUACUUUGCAGAACUUCAUAAGAGAGGCCCGCUACUGUGCAACGUGGGCCUCCGUCUGAAUGUAACUGUGAAACAGCAGUUUUGUCAACAGUCUCCAAGUGCACCGUUAUGCUCUGGGCAUGGAAAAUGUCUAAGCCACAUUUGGGAAAAAUCAUAUAAUUGCCAUUGUUUCUCACAGUAUUCAGGAAGAUUCUGCCAGAAUUUUGAUGUAUGCUCCACUAAACCUUGCCACAACAAUGCAUCCUGCACUGAGAAAACAGAACGUUCUGGAGAUUCUUAUGAAUGCCUGUGUCCUCCAAAAUUUUCAGGUAAAAACUGUACAGAAAUAGUUGGACAGUGCCAGCCACCUACAUGUUUCAAUGGUAACUGCAGCAAUGUUACUCCAAACACAUUUAUUUGUGAAUGUGACAAGGGCUUUACAGGUCCAUUUUGUGAGAAACCUGGUGAUCCUUGUGCAUCUCAGCCAUGUCUGAAUGGGGGCAUAUGCCAAUACAACCAGUAUGGAUAUGUCUGUGAUUGUCCUGCUGGUUUUCUUGGUCACAACUGUGAAAUUGAUGUCAAUGAAUGUUCUUCAAGGCCAUGUCAGAAUGGAGGUACAUGCAUCGAUUUGCCAAAUGAUGUGGCAUGUAUCUGUCUGCCAAUAUUCACUGGCAAGUUCUGUGAGAGAAUACUGAAUCCAUGUGAAUUACUGCCUUGCUUAAAUAACGCAACUUGUGUAGCUCAACACCAGAACUAUAACUGCCGCUGUAUGCCAGGAUUCACUGGAAAGAACUGUGAGGAAGUAAUUGACUACUGCAGGCUGCUCAGCAUCAACUGUCUGAAUGAAGGAUUGUGUCUUAAUAUAAUUGGUGGAUUCACUUGCCUUUGUGCACCUGGAUGGACAGGAGAAUUUUGCCAAUUUGCUGAAAAUGCAUGUUUGAUUUACCCGAAUAGUUGUUCUGAUGGAGCAACUUGCAUUGAUAUGAGCCAACUGGGAGAGCAACCUCUGUUUCAGUGUCUGUGUCUUCAUAAUUUCACAGGAGAAUUCUGUGAAGUACAAAUAGAUACCUGUGGUUCCAGUCCUUGUGAAAAUGGAGGAACAUGUAUUGACUAUGGAGAUCAUUUUAACUGCUCUUGCCCUAUAGGUUUUGAAGGUGAAAGAUGUAAACUGGAUAUUGAUGCCUGCCUGUUCUCCAAUAUAAGCUGUGCCCCAGGAGCACUGUGUGUGGAUAAACCUCAUGGAUUUAAUUACACAUGUUUAUCACCAUGUAUUGGAAAUACAGAGGUAUGUGCAAAUGGAGGUAGCUGCUUCUAUGAUGAAGAAAACCAGAGAUCUCAUUGCUCCUGUGCUCUUGGAUGGAAAGGACAAGCAUGCCUGGAGAAUAUUAAUGACUGUGAGGUCAACCAGUGCCAACAUGGAGCCACAUGUGAAGAUGGAGUUAAUAAAUACAGGUGCAUAUGUCCCCUUGGUUACACUGGCACAUUUUGUGAACGUGAUGCUAGCAACUGCGUUGGAAACCAGUGCUCCAAAUAUGGUUUCUGCCAGGACCACUUGCAUAAUUACAGCUGUAUUUGUGUGCCUGGAUAUGAAGGACCCUUCUGUGAAGUUGAAAUUAAUGAGUGCUCAAGUUCACCUUGCAGAAAUGGAGCUACCUGCAUGGAUUUAAUUGACCACUUUUCAUGUCAGUGUGCUGCUGGGUUCAAAGGCGAAACAUGUUCUGUUCGGAUGAGUGAGUGUCUAGACAGACCCUGUUGGAACAGAGGAACCUGUGAAGAGGACAUAAAUGGCUUCAAAUGCAAUUGUCCCUUUGGUUUUUCAGGCCAGUACUGUGAAAUAGAAGUGAAUGAGUGCAAUUCAGCUCCCUGCUUGAAUGGUGCUGUCUGUCAGAAUGAUGUCAACAGCUAUGAGUGUUUUUGCCCUGAAGGGUUUGAAGGUUUGAACUGUGAAAUCAACUUUGAUGAGUGCACUUACGGUUUUUGUAAAAGCAAUUCAACUUGUUUAGACCUGGUUGCAGACUACAGCUGCAUUUGUCCUCCAGGAUUCACUGACAAAAACUGUUCCAUGGAUAUUGAUGAAUGCUCCUCCAAGCCCUGCAAAAAUGGAGGCCAUUGCCAUGAUUUGAUUGAUGAAUUUUACUGUAGCUGUUUGCCAGGUUUUACUGGUCAGUUUUGUGAAGCAGCUGUUGCUGCCUGCCUGUCACAACCAUGUGGAGUCUCCAGCAUCUGUAAAGACAUAGUGGAUGGCUACCUUUGUUUCUGUGCACCUGGUUUUAUAGGUAAUAACUGUGAGACUGAGGUAAAUGAGUGUCUUAGUGACCCUUGUCACAAUGGAGCUACUUGCGUUGAUCAUCUGAAUGCCUUCAGUUGCAUCUGUCAAGAUGGAUUUCAAGGCACAACUUGUGAAGCAAACAUAAAUGAAUGUCACUCUUCUCCAUGUCUUCAUAACGCGUCAUGUGCAGACCUUAUUAGUGGUUAUGAAUGCAGCUGUCUGCCUGGCUUUACUGGUGCAAGAUGUGAAACAGAUAUAGAUGAGUGUGCUUCAUUUCCCUGCAAGAAUGGAGCCACCUGCAUUGACCAACCUGGUAAUUAUUUCUGCCAAUGUGUGGCUCCGUUUAAAGGUUUGAACUGUGAGUUUAGGCCUUGUGAGGCCAGCAAUCCCUGUGAGAAUGGAGCUGUGUGCAUAGAAGAAAUGAAUUUGGACGUUUUUCCCCUUGGAUUCCAUUGCAAGUGUGUGAAGGGCUUUGCAGGUCCACGCUGUGAGAUCAAUGUCAAUGAGUGCAGUUCUAACCCUUGCCUCCACGGAUACUGCUAUGACAUUGUGGAUGGCUUCUAUUGUUUGUGUAACCCAGGAUAUGCAGGACUGAAAUGUGACCAGGACAUUGAUGACUGCAUAAUCAAUUCUUGUGAACACAAUUCUACAUGCGUUGAUCUACAUCUGAGAUACCAAUGUGUUUGUAUGCCUGGAUGGGAAGGAACGUUCUGUGAAAAUGAAUCAAAUGAAUGUAAUUCAGAGCCUUGUAAAAACAAUGGCACCUGCGUGGAUCUUUUCAACAGCUAUCGGUGCACAUGUACAACAGGAUGGACAGGGCCAGACUGCAGCGAAGAUAUAAAUGAAUGUGAUUCUGAGCCAUGCUUGAAUGGAGCCACCUGUUAUGAAUCUGUUAAGCAGGGACAGUUUGUAUGCAUUUGUCCUCCAUUUUAUACUGGUAACUUCUGCCAUCAGCGCUUCAGUCCCUGUGAGCUGCCUUACAAUCCAUGCAUAAACAAUUCAACCUGCUUGGCACAAGCCAAUGGAAAUCCAGUGUGCAUUUGCAAAACAGGAUUUGAGGGCAUUUACUGUGAAAUUAACAGUGAUGAGUGCAUCUCCCAUCCAUGCCAGAAUGAAGGUCUCUGUGUGGAUGGGAUUAACCAUUACAGGUGCUCCUGCCAACACGGUUUUACUGGGACACUCUGUGAAGCAGAGAUAAAUGAAUGCUUAUCAGGACCCUGCAAAAACAAUGGAACUUGCCUGGAUCUCAUAAACAGAUUCAUCUGCAGUUGUGCACCUGGGUACUAUGGGUCUCUGUGUGAGAUGGAUGUAAAUGAGUGUGAAACUUUUCCUUGCUUGCAUGGAGGAAGCUGCGUCAACAGACUUGGUGGCUAUGGGUGCUUCUGUCCACCUGGAUUCACAGGUGAUAGAUGUGAAGUAGAUAUAGAUGAAUGUAUGUCUACUCCUUGCCUCAACCAUGGAAGUUGCAUUGAUGAUAUCAGUUUUUAUAAGUGCCACUGUAGAAGAGGUUUCAUUGGAACAAACUGCGAGAUCAAUGUUAAUGAAUGUUUGCCAGAUCCUUGUCUUCAUGGAAGAUGUAUAGAUCUCAUUGAUGGAUAUCAAUGCUCUUGUGAAUCAGGAUGGACCAGCUCAAGAUGUGAGAUAAAUAUUAAUGAAUGUGAAUCUGCUCCCUGCAUUAAUGGAGGUUCCUGUCAAGAUGCUGUCAAUGCAUUUGUUUGUACUUGCCUGAGUGGGUACACUGGCAGGUUUUGUGAAGUUGACGUUGAUGUUUGCAGUGAGCCUGCACUGAACUCAGUUCUCUGUUACAAUGGAGGUGUAUGUGUUGAUGGACCUGGAAGAAUAUUUCAUUGCAG